AUGUCCGUUCCUUUGACCCAGCAGAAAGUUGCCGCCAUGCAAGUGGUCCUGACGGCUUUGUACAACGCGACAGACCCUGAAGGCCGUCCAAUCUCCGAGAUAUUUCAGGACAUGCCAGAUAGGGAUGAGGUGCCGGAUUACUACGAUGUCAUUAAGAGGCCCAUGGCUCUGAACGUGAUUAGGGACAAUAUUCAAGCCGCUCGCUACACUGAUCUCAACGACUUUGUUCGCGAUUGUGCCCAAAUCUUCCACAAUGCCAAGACAUACAACCGGUCCGAUAGUGUCAUUUACGAGGAUGCAUCUCUGCUGGAGAUCUUUUUGGUGCAAAAGUUGACUGAGAUGAAGGAGAGGGGGGCAUUUCCGGAGGUGCAGGUUCCAGCACUCGGCCCGCUACCACCACCAUCGACAGGAGGUGACACCGAUGAGGACGCAUCGGACGCUGACCCCAGUGACGACGACGAUGAAGACCUUGAUCUGGAUGAUGAAGGUGCACCUAGGAAGAAGAGGAAGACGUCUGCGAAGAUCGGUCGUCCCCGCAAGGUUGUCACGGACGAGGAGGGUAACCCGAUCGAGAGGCCCGACAUGGCUGAUCUGAAGAGGAAAAGGGGUAGGCCGCCGAAGGUGGAUACACCUAAUGAUGCACGGAUCAAGAACAUCCUGAAAGGUCUGCGCAGGGAGAAGAUCAUGGGUAGACAGAUCUUCGCUCCGUUCGAGAAGCUGCCGGAUCCCAAGAUGUUUCCCGACUAUUACGAGGCAAUUAAGAACCCCAUCGCAACAGAGGGCAUCAAGAGAAAGGCGAAGGCAAAGGCGUACAAGGACUUGUCGUCGUUCUUGGAGGACAUGGAUUUGAUGUUCAACAACGCGAAGCGGUACAAUAUGCCUGGUAGUGAGCUGUUCAACGAUGCUUGCUAUCUUCAGGAAGUCGCGCAUCGUCUGGCGCAACAAGAGAUAUCAAGGGAUGAUACUGAGCUCGUUCUCGAGAACGCAAUGGCUGCGACCCCCGCAAGAAGUUCCAAACUUCAGCGUAUCCCACUGGACAAGAUUUACUACAAGGAUGACGUUUUUCAAGUCGGUGAUUGGGUUCACUUGAAGAAUCCCAACGAUGCCGAGAAGCCCAUUCCUGCACAAAUCUUCAGGACCUGGCAAUCGCCCGACGGAUCGCAGUGGAUCAACGUUUGUUGGUACUAUCGUCCCGAGCAAACCAUCCACCGCGCAGACCGCACUUUCUACGAAAAUGAAGUCUUCAAAACCGGACAGUACCGCGAUCAUGACAUCAACGACGUGAUCGAGCGUAUCUUCAUCAUGUUCGUCACGAAGUACGUUCGUGGACGUCCAAGGGACAUCGGUGAUGUCAAAAUCUACGUCUGCGAAUCCCGUUACAACGAGGAGAACCAGGAGGCGAACAAGAUCAAGAGUUGGAAGUCUUGUGUACCAGACGAAGUCCGUGGCAAGGAAUACGACAUGUACCACUUCGACAGGGUACGUGUGCUGACGAAGGUGCCGAGUCCUUUGCUGCAUUGGCUGCCACCGGAUGCGAAAGAGGGUGAUCCGCCCACGGAGUUAAUUCGUGGAUCGGAAGACGGGCCGCCGAUCCGAGGAAGCAUCAUCCCAUGCCCUCCACCGGACCCGUCGCAGUUGGUCAAGCAAACUGAACCGACGCCGCCUCCCCCUGAUACCUCGGCACCUCCGCCGGUGACAUCUAGUCAUAUUACAACGCUGCCUCCAAAGGUAACGACAUUCCAGCCGCCGGAGCCCCAGUUCACUAUGCCACAACUGCCUCCACGCCUUCCCCCACCACCUCCGCCUGUGUACGCGCAACCACCGGUGCCUCCUGUGGCCUUUACCAUGCCCCCACCACCGGUCAUGCCAGAUGGUGUAGCAAGGGUGAAUGCAUUGCCCGAUGCGACGGUGGAGACUGUGCAGCGGGACCCAUUGGGUCGUGUACUUUGGUUCCCUGUGCCUCCGAAUGAUAAUGUCAAGCCGGUGUUGGAGACCGGCGUUAAGGGACAUAGUUUGGCGUAUCUGGCUAAGAGGAGGGAUAUUAUGAAGGCUAAGAAAGAAAAGCUCGCCAAGGCACGUCAAGGUGCCGCACUGACUAAGACUGCAAAGUCGGACGUGGAUCAGGACCAGAGCAUCAGCAAAGAAUAUCAAGAGGCAGCAAGGGAGCUUCUGGCGCAAGGGUUGGUUCAGGUCACGAAGCACAUUACAGCUUGA